AUGGAUCGCGACCAGGUCUUGUCGCAGCAAGCCGUCGAGGCCAUGAUUGCCAACGGCCACACCAUUGUUGUUUUCCAAGACUACAUCUUGCGCCUCGACUCGUGGCUCGCCAAGCACCCUGGAGGCUCUCUGGCCAUCCUGCACAUGGUCGGCAGAGACGCGACCGACGAAAUCACAGCCUACCACUCAGCGGCCACAUUGCGGACCAUGAAGGCCUAUCGGAUCGGCCGGAAGCCGGCGGGCCUCUGGAUCAACAAGACACCUCCAAUCAGAGGAGGCAUUUUCCACACCCCCGAGGACUCCACGCGCAUUGUCGACGACGUGCCCGGUGACAGCUCCAGCGACGACACGUCCGAUCACAGCUCGCCGACGCCGCCCACCUCUCGGUCGCCAAGCGUCAACGGCCUCGAGCUCAAGGAUGACUUCGAGGGCGCUGUUCGACGACGCCUCAUGGCCAAGGGCAGUGACGGCCCCGGCGAGCCAUCUGCCACGAGUCCCGCCGAGUACGUGGAUUGGGCAGUCCAGCAGGGCAUCGAAGAUGGCCUCCGCGACUAUCCGUCCCUCGACCUCGCUGUGCAGCAAGACAUUGUCGGCAAGUACCGAGAGCUGCAUCAGAGGGUCGUCGACGAGGGGCUCUACGACUGCCCCUAUCAAGAGUACGCCAAAGAAAUGGGCCGAUACUCGUGCUUAUUCAUUGGCUCUCUCGUCGCUCUCCACCAUGAGUGGUACGUGACCUCGGCCGUCUUGUUGGGCCUGUUCUGGCACCAGAUCAUGUUUACCGCGCAUGACGCGGGCCAUCGGGCCAUCACCCACAUCUUUGCCGUAGACACCCUCAUUGGCAUGUUCAUUGCCGAUUUUUGCUGUGGCCUGUCCAUCGGAUGGUGGAAAAGCAGCCACAAUGUCCACCACCUUGUUACGAAUCAACCAGAGCACGACCCGGAUAUCCAGAACCUCCCCCUCUUCGCCAUAAGCCCUUCCUUUUUCAAAUCCAUCACCUCGACCUACUACGACAACUUUGUCAUUGCCUGGGACGCCGCCGCCGACUUGCUGGUUCCGUACCAAAAGUACACCUACUACGUAGUCAUGGCCAUUGCCCGCUUCAACCUCUACGUCCUCUCUUGGCUGCAUGUCUUCUCGCCCAAGGCGCCGUCGCUGGGGCACAGCAAGGCGUGGUGGAUCCGCCCCACAGAGAUCGCCUUCAUGUGCUGUUACUGGUUCCUGUUCGGAUACUGCCUGCUCUGGCGCACGCUGCCGACGUGGACAGUUCGCGUCGUCUUCGUGCUUGUGUCGCACAUCGUCACCAUGCCCUUGCACGUUCAGAUCAACCUGUCGCACUGGGGCAUGUCGACGUCUGAUCUGGGCGAAUCCGAGUCUUUUGCGCAGCGACAGCUGCGAACCACCAUGGACGUCGACUGCCCCGCCUGGCUCGACUUCAUCCAUGGCGGCCUGCAGUUCCAGGCAGUUCACCACCUGUUUCCGCGAGUCCCGCGACACAACCUCCGGAGGGUCCAGACUCUGGUAAAGGAGUUUUGCCAGGGGACGGGGAUCCCGUACUCCAUCUUGGGCUUUGUAGAUGGCAACCGCAAGGUCCUCGGCCGGCUGCAGGAGGUUAGCGACCAGCUGAAGAUGCUCGUCGACUGCCAAAAGUCCAUGGCUGAGAGUGGAGAGUGCAAACUACAUUGA